AUGUCUUAUCCCAAAGUACCUCCUAAACCUAACCAGGGAACAGCUAGUAAACUCUCUGAGCAAAAAAAGCAGCGUUUGCUCAAGCUCCAAGAGCGUGAAGACCUUAAAGGAAUGCUUAUUAACAAGUUCAAGAAAAAAUACGGUGACAAACAUCCUGGGUUCAUUGAUAGAGAAGUUGAAAAUUUUAUGAAAGCUGAAACACUAACUGAAGCAAACUUACAAAAAUUAGAUGAGCGAAUUCGUAAAAAAGCAGAAGGCGAUUAUGAAACUCAAUCUGUACAUUCCCAAAAGCCAAUUCCAAAAGCUCAACCAUCAGAGCCGAGCGUUAAGUCAAUUAAAUCUCGCUCAUCUCAGCCGUCACAAAAAGGGUCUUCCAAAGCGCAAUCUGAUUCUUUAUCUGAGGUUUCAUCAUCAAAAGCGUCGUCACUCUCAUAUGUGCCUGAUGACAAUGAAGAUGAAUGGGCUGCUAUCCUUGAGCAUGACACACUAAUGUAUCGUGAAGAAGAAAGAGCCCGUCUUCGAAGAGAAAUGGAAAAUAAAAUUAAACUCAAAAGAGAACUUGAUAGACAACUAAAUGAAAAAGAAAGAAAAAAGCUGUCUGAAGAAGAAGAAAAUAAACUUUAUGAAGAAGCCCAAGAAAAAAACCUCAAAAUGAUGGCUGAAAGGGAAGAAGAGCGGGAAAGAGAAUAUAGGGAAAAAAUCAUGCAAGAAAAAGCAUUGAGAGAUAAGCAGCUUGCAGAAGAAAAAAGAAGGAAAAAACUUGACCAAAAGCAACAAGAUAAUCUUGAUCAAAAACUUGUAACGAUGACCCCCCCUCAAUCUUGAUGUCUACUGCAACAAAAAUUUUUUCGAAAAAAUCUUCAUGCCUACUGCAAUACAACAUUUUUAUAAAAAAAAUAAUCUAUUUUUCUCUAAAAAAAAACCAUAAAACAGCGCUACUGUAGAUGUGUCAAUGACCUUUUAUCGAGAUUUGGACAGCUAUUACCAUCGCUCGCCAUUUUAUUAAACUUAUCUAGCUAAAAAGUACGGAAAAAAUUUAAGAUGCGCAUCGAAAAUUUGUUGCAAGAGGAUUAGGAUUAUUACAGACAGGCGCUAGCCAUAUUGAUGACGUAGUCAUUAAAGACCUCCAGUACGGAAGGUUCUACCGCUUUUCGACUCCAGCCCAGAGGAUCUAUCCCUCUUACGAGUGCCCUUCCGGUACCUUCUGUCUCCUCCUUGCUUUGCGGCUUCAGUCUUGAGUAGGUGGCUUAUGGAUUUCUGCGACCCUGCUACAGGCGAUUGGAGUAGCUUAUUCCAAGGAUCAGCUCUUAGAGUUUAUUGGGUAUCAAAGUGCCUUUCUUCGACAGCUGCAGGAAAAAGACUGUUCCCCUGUGGCCUGGGCUGAAACCCCCAGUUUCUCGUUAGAGGAAUACCCAUGGGUCCUCGGAUCCAAGGACGUUGUUGAGCACCUCCAUUUCCAACCUCAGGAAAGCAGCCAAAACCUACUCGGAUAUACACUUCUUGAGCCUGCGUCUGAUUCUCGGCUCGGAGUCCGUCCUAGCUCGCUGUAGCCAUAAGGUCUGGACUGCUGCGCCAAGAGGGCAGGUUGACACGUGUCGCCAUUUUAAUGUAUAUAAUUUGUUGCAAGAGACAUGAAAUUAUUAUAAAAUUUUUAUAUUAAAAAAUUGAAUUUUUGUUGCAAUAGACAUGAAGAUUGAAGGGGGGUCAUCGUUACAAAGACUUAAAGAAGAGCUCAUGCUCGAACAGCAGGCUAUGGAAGAACGCAGAAGAGAAGAAAGAGCUUACAUGCAACGCAUGAUGAAAGAAAAUGAAGAAAAUAAGCGAAAGCAGAUGGAGUACCAAGAACGUGAGCGCUUAAACGACGUUCAAUCUAUGGAAGACUAUGCACGAAUGCUCGACCGCCAAGAGCAAGACCGUCUUAACGAAAUAAAAGCAAGAGAAGAACGCCAACAGCAGCUAAUGGCAAGAAUGGCUGAUACAGUCCUAAAAGAACAAGACCAAAGAAAUCGCGAAGAAGAUCUCAUGCUUCUUACUCCCCCCUCCCAGAGUGAACAAAAAAAUUUGUUCACUCACGUAGGGGGUAAAUUUUUUUUCGAAAUUUUAAAAAAUCCUAAUUUGUAAAAAUUGGAAAGCAAAUAUUAAUUUAAUUUAAAAAAAUUAUGUUUUAAAAAUGCAAUUUGUUUAAAAUUAAACAGAAUUAGUUCGAGAUUUCAUUAUACUAAUUAGCACUUAUAUAUCAAUUUUUUUUUCAUAAAAAAUUUUUUCUAUUAAAAAAUUUUUGUUCACUCACGGAGGGUGGGUUUUUUGGCAAAAAAUAGGGAUUCUUCCAAUGGUUUUGUUCACUCACGGAGGGGGAAGUUAAGCAAAUCGAAGAAAAAGAAAAUCUCGACCGGCAAGAGGACGAAAGAAGGCUCCAAAGAAUCAGAGAGCAAAAAGAAGAAAUUAGGAAAUAUCUCGAUAGGCAAGUCGAAGAAAAGCAUGAAAGAAAAGCCCAAGACAAAAGGUCGCAUAAUGAGCAAGCUGAUAUGUGGAAGCGCGACGCCGAAGACUUUUUCAAGAUGGAAGAAGAUAAGAAAAAAAGAGAAAAGGAAAUAAACUUAUUGCAUGCUCAAAUGUUAAAAGCUCAGAUGGAAGAAAAAGAAGCGAAGCAAAGGAGAGCUAAAAUGAAUAGAAAUGAACUUAAAAUGAAUAAAGACAUUUUGAAGAGGAUUAGAGAUGAAAAAUCCGAAGAAGUUUCCUAA